AUGGCUGACCAGGCCUCCCUGCUGCUGCGCCGGCAGCUUAAAGAGCUGACAAAGAAACCGGUGGAGGGCUUCUCGGCGGGACUGGUGGACGAUAGCAACCUGUUUGAGUGGGCGGUGACGGUGUUGGGCCCGCCCGACACUCUGUACGAGGGUGGCUUCUUCAAUGCCGUCCUCGAGUUCCCGCGGGACUACCCGCAGUCGCCGCCGGAGAUGCGCUUCACUUCGGAGAUGUGGCACCCCAACGUGUUCCCCGACGGCAAGGUCUGCAUCUCCAUUCUGCAUCCAGCUGGGGAGGAUGCCAUGAACCCGCAGGAAAGCGCGGCGGAGCGGUGGAGCCCGGUCCACACGGUGGAGUCCAUCGUGUUGUCGGUCAUCUCCAUGCUGAGCAGCCCCAACGACGAGUCGCCCGCAAACGUUGAUGCAGCCAAGGAGUGGAGAGACUCCCGCAGCGAGUUCAAGAAGAAGGUGGCGAGGAUUGUGCGGCGGAGCCAGGAGAUGCUCUAG